AUGCAGCUGUCCGGAGUGCCGCGCCGGAACCCAGGCCCAUCCUUUGCCAACCAUACUCCGCGCGCGUGGGAGAUAACAGCUAUGAGCCCCUCGCAAUUUCCCAUCUCGUCCGAAGCGUUCGGCCCAACAGGCGCGACUGUCGGGUCUGCCACGAUCAUGGGACAGGGCUCCUCCAGAACUCAGCGGGACCAAAUCCAUGAUGACAGCUCGACCAUCUUCCGCCAGGACUCUAUCCAGCAGACCGAGGAAGGCAGCCAGUAUACAUUGCCCCUGUUCGAGACAGACGACUCUUCCUCAAAUCAUUACCACUCUGCGAGUCACGCACACUACACUACUAACGCGAUCGAUCCGAGGCCGUCCUAUGGCAUAGCCAACGACAACGACAAGAUGAUGACCCAGACGAGCCUAUCGCGCCUACCAAGAGAGAAUGCUUCCCACGACCUGGCCUUCUUCCUGCGAACAACUGGACCUACUGCACCUCAACGAAAGCCAAGCAAAGCCGACGGCCCCAGACGAACAGUGAGCGCGCCAAAGAAGUUGCGCUUCUUCCACUUGGGCAAUGGAUCACACCGACAGGUGACGCCAGCGCAGGCUGCUCAUGAGCGACUGAACGGAGUGCUGCGAGAUGAAGGUGGAUUACUUGUGGAGCCCCUGCCACCAGGUGUGCAACAAAAAGUGUCAUCGACAGGCAAGCGUUAUUUGGCUGUGCAAGGACCACCAGAUGGACGACAGAGUCUUUCGACCGUGGCACGACCUGACAUUUUGAGCCCCGAGGUGCUAGAGAGUCAAGUCUCUGUCUGGUUUCRCGAUGAAGUUAACGCGAGUGAUGUAUUGGAUAGCUGGCUGUCGACAUUGAGCAGACAACAGCAUUCCAUCGACGACGACCAGAAGAGCAUCUUCCAUACUCCACCCAAGGCCAGGACGUACGAAGAAGUCGCUCACCGUCUUUCCAGACAAUUCCCAGUCCCGGUUAGGCCUGCCGCUUCCAAUCCUCCCAGCCCAAUUGCAGAAUCUACUAGCUCAAUGGCAGACUCUUACCCCAACGACUCCUUCGGCCACCCCGCUUCAAGGUCCUCCUAUGAUACCUCACGGGCUCUUUCAAGUCAUCCUGUUAUCCAGUCUGUUCCAAGCUCUCCUGGCAUAUCCCUCCCGAACGAAGAGUCGCCUGUCAAGCAUCCUGGGGAGGAGAAAGAGGUCGCAAUCAGGCAUCCGCUUCCCCGACGACUUGGCAACCAUCCCGUGCUGCUCCAUCGAUCAAGUGUCGCGUCCAGCAUGUAUCAAGGGAGCAACUCUGAUAGUCCUGGCCCACCGCCGCCAAAGAGUCCUUUGAGACUCAAGCGAGAGCAUAGAACGAUCGAAGGCAUGAUGGCCAAUGGCAGAGCAACUCCUACACCCAAGAUGGCACCGAGCAUCAAAUCAUUCAACGAGUUUGAGCGGUUCGAGCCUGAUCCGAUCCGAGCGACCGUCACCACAGAGUGCACUGGUCCUAUCAAACGACCAAAGUCUCGUAGUGGCGAUGUUGUGCAAGGUCAUCCGGCCACACGGAAGGAACGGGAGGAACGCCUUCKUGUCCGCAAGCUCAAGGAAAGACCUUCCUUCAAUCGGACCAUUGACUCUGUCGUCAAUGCACCCUCAUCAGCAACUCGCCAWCGCCUGAAGAAGAUGAGGCCGCACAUCCAGAUACCUGACUUUCGACCAACCCCGUUACGGGCACCUUCCAACACAAGCGUGGUUAGCGCUUCAAGUGCGUCAAGCUGGAGAAAACAUACACAGUCCACCGUCGGUCCGGUGUCGCCAGUACCGUCCCUGGCGAGCGAAUUCUCCGAGGACGACGACCGCACUCCGGUGUCGACUAGAGUAUCCGCUGGGGCAGCGUCGCCACAACAUUCCCCGAGGCAGAGUCCAAUCAUGCUCGUAGCUGAGAAGGUCCCCAUCCCCAAGACCAGAUCCACGCCGAAGCCAGCCCGUCUCAUUCUCAAGGACAGCAAAGGUUUUGCCCCGCGUCCUCGAUCUGCUUCGAUCGGCCGAGUUGCCGCGAGACGUAGGAGUAGGAACAGCAACAGUGUUCACUCUUCAAUCCGUUCGAAGAGUCCUGCCACGAUGCGUGAAGAAGAACUUCCACCUCUCCCGUCUCCACCGCUUCCCUCACCACCACUCGCAUCGCCGCCUCCUACUCGUGCUCUGCCACCAACACCACCAGCUUCCGGAUCCGAGAAGUCGAAGAAGUCGAAGAGUAUGGGCGAGGCCAGGAAGGAACUCCCGACAGUCCCAUCUUACGAAGUCUCGCCCGUGGACUCUACAUCCUCAAAACAUCGCACUCCUCACAUCACCUCCCAGCAGAUGGGCUCUUCCACCCGAGCAUCUACCCGAUUCGACGCUCGUCUUGAAGCUCUGGAGAAACAAAAUGCACUCUUGUCAGCUGCUCUCAUGGCCGUAUUGAAGACGAACGGAACGCUCAAUGGACCAGUGCCUGGCGUUGCUGCACCGGAAGUAGUGGAUCCACMGAGGGCGCUAAUGGCCUGGGAGCAAAGGGUUGCGAGGCGACGUGCCGCGAGUCAUGCACCUUCAAGCAGUGACGGGAGUGCCUUGGAUAUGUAUAUGAAUACGAGACGUGCUAGUAAGCAGGGACGCUGA